AUUUUAUGUGGAUACUAGCGCCGCAAGCCUCGGUAACAAGCUCGUCCACAAAGUAUGUUUAUUAUCGACAAUGCGAAACAGACUGUAGUGGCGGAAUGAAAAUGGCUAAUUGUCAGGUUCGUUGGUGCAGCAGGUGAGCGAUCAAUUAUCGUUAAUAUCGGGACAUUAGUCGCUUCGGGAUGAACGGUGCGCAGUUUGCAGCAAUCUGAACGACCGAAAUAAGUGAAAAUUGUGGCGAUUUUAGUGUUGUCGAGCGAGUUAAUGGAUUAUCUGAAGAGGUGCGCGAUCGAGAUUACUGCUGAAAGGCUUGUUGGCUCCUUUUUUUCUACAGUGAUAACAAGUUUUCAGUUUGUUAGAAAUGAGCCACCCGGCGAUCGUUACCCGUUUGUGCUUACUCUUGUACGAGGAUCGAUAACCUCGCGGUUGACAGGGAAAAGAGGAACGGAUACGACGCGGUCGCGAAAGAUUGAGACACAUCAGCAAAACGUAGAUUAAUUUAUUACGUCCAUUCAGAAAACAUACGUCCACCCGUUGUUUCUCCCGUAUCAGUAACCGCGCGGAAAAAAGUGAUGCAUGAAAAGUCUCGAUAUUACAAGGCACGUGUUUGUAUUGGAGUAAGAGCUACUCUGUGUGUAUGUGUGCCAGGUGCACUGUUGCAUCCCUCUGAUGAGCGCCAUGCACCGUUUAGACCAUAGCCGUAAUGUCAUCCCGAAGGCUACUUCUUAGUAAUUCACAAAGGGUUCACUCUUCCGUGAAGUACAGCGCAUGGAUACUUUCCAGGCAAUACCUAGCACGUACAUUGCUAGAGAAAUAUUUGUGGUAGAUCCUCGGUGAAUCAAGAGUAUGGCUUCUGGUGCGUCUUCCUUGGAUAGUGCUGGAAGUAGUGAUGGAGCACUCAAUAUGGAAAGAGAUAGUGGAGGCUAUGGCAGUGUCGGCAGUCCUGUUGGUGGGCCUGAAUGUCGUAAUGAUUAUGAUGGUUUGCAAGCUCAGUGUGAUCAAGCCAUGCAUCAGCUUCAGCUACUUAGGCAUAAGCACUCCGAUACUAUAAGACGGUGUGAACAUACUAUGAAAGAAUUGGAGUACUAUAGGGGACAACAUAUAGCAGUCAUGAAUCAGUUGGAGGCAACGUCACAAGAGAGUUCCGCAUUGCGGGGCAAAUAUGGAGAUCUAGUAAAUGACAAGCAACGCCUAGAUCGGGAAGUUCAGGCGUUGCAGAAAGAAGUGUCAGAAUUACGGUGUCAAAAUCAAGAAGUUCUUGUUUCUGAUGCUAGUAAUAGUGACACUAUGAAUCAGCACUAUUUAUCUGCUCUUCGAAAAUAUGAUGCUGUUAAAGACGAGUAUGAUGCCCUGAGGAAACGAUACGAUGAUUUAAUAUCAUCGCAUUCAUCGGCCGUUAAUAAGUUGGAAUUAUCGCAAGAAGAAGCUGCCAGAUUAAAGAAACAAUAUGAUGAAGUUGUUCAAGAACGUAAUAGUGCAGUUCGUGAGCGUAAUGGGUUAAAACAACAGUGUACUGCCGCUAUUCGGCAAUGGGACAUUGCAUUAAGGGAAAGAAACGAAUAUCGCGAAGCCCUAGCGAAAGUACAGCAGCAACAUGAAGAAGCAGUGAAAGAAAUAAAUCAUGCAAUGGUGCUACGUAUGAAGGCUAGUAAGGAUAUGAAACGAUUAACAGAAGAAAGAAAUGCUGCAUUACAGGAGUACAGUUUAAUUAUGGGUGAACGAGAUACAGUACAUAAAGAAAUGGAAAAACUUGGUGAUGAUCUCACUCAAGCAUAUACAAAAAUCACACAUUUAGAAAAUCAAAACAAGCAACUUAUGGAAGAGAAAAAAGCUUUAUCCUAUCAAAUUGAAACUUUAAGAAGAGAAAUUUCAUCCGCUUUGCAAGAUCGUGACGAAGCGUUAAAACAAUGUAACGAAUUACGUCAGAAAUUUGGUGAUUAUUCUGAAGGUUCAAACAGAGAUUAUAAAAAUCGUAUGGAGUUGCACUCGUAUAAUCGCGAACGAGAUAAUUCGAACAAAGAAGCUGAAAGAGAAAAUAACACGGCAGAUUACACUAAACGAGAUAAGGAACGUAUGGAUAAUUUGGAUCAAGCAAACCUGGAGUUGGAUAAACUUAGAAAAUCGGUCGAUAAAUUGCAAGCGGAACUUGAAGAAGCUCUCCAAGAAGCAGAGGUUUCAAAACGAAGAAGAGACUGGGCUUUCAGUGAAAGAGAUAAAAUUGUUUUAGAAAGGGAAAGUAUUAGAACUCUUUGCGAUAGAUUAAGAAAAGAACGUGAUCGUGCGGUUUCAGAAUUAGCGGGUGCUUUACGUGAUUCCGACGAUAUUAAAAAGCAACGGAAUGAAGCAUCGAAAGAACUGAAGGAUCUGAAGGAAAAAAUAGAAUCUGGUGAUCACGCGUUAAGAGCAAGUCAAUUUGCACAAAGUUUAACGCAUGCUCAUGAUUCGGCGAUCGAUACUGAUGUUAGUGACUGGGAAAUUCUUACUAUUCAUUUGGAUCUUAGUCGACUUUGUUUGGAUUCUGAUCGUGAUUUAGGUCUAACACUAGUUGGAGGCCGUGACAAUCCAUAUUAUCCAAAUGAUACAGGAAUAUAUGUUGCUCAAGUAACAUCAGGAAGUGCUACUGAUGGUAAAUUAAGAGUGAAUGAUUGCAUUAUGCGAGUGAACAAUGUAGAUUGUACAUCCGUUUCUACGCGUGUAAUCAUGGAAACUUUACGUACCUGUUCGGUGGGAUCAGCUACAUUAACGAUAAGAAGACGACGUUUGACUAGAAGAUCAUUAAGAACAACUCAAUUGCCAGUUGGUUCAGUUCCUCAUGGUAUUUCUUUGGAACUUGGAGUAUAUAUUUCGAAGAUUUCACCUGGUAGUUUAGCUGCUAAAGAUGGCAACAUUGCUGUAGGAGAUAGAGUUUUGAAUAUUAAUAGUAAACCAAUGGAAGGCAUUAAUUCCAGUCACGAAGCGAUGGCAACUUUGAAUGACACAAACACGGAUGUAUUAACUAUUACGACAUUGAAAGGCAUACCAUUACCUUCAGCAACUAGUUCUGAAACUAUGACUAUUGAUGGUAGCUUUGGUACUGAAAAACAAAAAAUGGUGAAUAGUUGUUCACAAACAGAGCAAGAAAGAAUAUUGUUAAAGAUUCCAUCGGACGAUUAUGAAAGGAGACACGUUGCUUCAAAUUUUGGUGAUAGAAGUGUUUACAAAGUUUCGAAAUCAGUUAGUGGUGAAAAACCAAGCGGAAUUAGCAAUGCUUGGGACAAUUUACGAGAAAAGAUUGAUAUAGUACGAGGACGUAAACACAGCAAAGAUCGGGAAGAGAAGAAGAAGCGACAUCGCAAUUCGAGUCCGAAUACCUUCGAGCAGGAACAAGAUGCAAUAGCAGAACUGGAUUCAGUGAUAGAGAGCAUUAGUAAUAGAGAGCACAAGAAAGCAAAUAACGGAGUACUGAAACGAAGUAAGCGACGCGGACCUGAAAAAGUUGAGAAAAAUGGAGGUACGUGGCCGAAAGCGAGAGGUGGACCUCUGAUUCAAAACGUGGUGCAGUUCAAAGAUAUCCCGAUAGAUAAGAAACCGGCUACUGAAUUCGAGAACACGGAAAAUAGACUCAGUUCAACGCUCACACCAUCUGAAACUAGUAUAGACUUUUCCGUAAAGUCGGGUAAUACGGGGAAAGAUGUAGAAUAUUUCUCGAAGAAGAGAACGCAAAAGUAUACCCCUAGCAACGAGAGCCAAGUAGACACACUUCAGCAUAAUAGAGCGCAAUCUCAGCUUUAUUCUGGGGCUGGAUCUUCAACUUCGUCGACUAGCGGCCCGAGACAGCAGUUGACUGGUAAUUUUUCAUUUCCUCCCUGUACGCAUUCGCAUCCGCAUCCCCAUCAACAGAAUUCUUUACCUUCGAGAUACCCUUCUCCGCCGUCUUUACCGUCUGCACAGUCCGGGGAGUCGAUAGGACUUCCCGAUGCACGAUCUUAUUGUUUCGAACCUUCAUAUAGCCCCGGCCCGCAAACAGGAUUCGGGCAUUUGCACACACCCUCUGUAGAUUUGCAUUACCACAAAUCUCGUGCUCCACCAAUUGGCACUACAUACGAUGUACCAGCAUACACGCAUGGCUACGAAGGCGGAACGUUUCCGAGAAAAAAGGAAAAUCAACGUUUUCGAAUACCAUCAAAUCCUAGUGUGACCUCAAAAAGCAGCGUGGGUAAAUUGUCUACUGGCAGUAUAGAAAGAACUUCAGAAAGAGGCAGUCCAAUGCCAACAUUCCACGUGGAAGUACUUAGCCCUGGUACGGGUGGUGGAAGUAGCUCUGGUGGAACUGUUAGAGGGAGUAGUAGCAACAAACGGUCCAGCAUGCCGGACUAUUGUUACUCUCAGCCUAGGCCGGCACCUGGAGAACUUCGCAGAGUUCAUAUAGACAAGUCAGUCGAGCCCCUAGGUAUCCAGAUUUCUUGUUUAGAGAGCGGUGGUGUAUUUGUUUCCACUGUUAGCGAACACAGUUUAGCAUCUCAAGUCGGUCUUCAAAUUGGCGAUCAGUUGCUUGAAGUCUGCGGUAUCAAUAUGAGAAGCGCUACUUAUCAACUUGCUGCCAAUGUGUUACGUCAGUGCGGUAAUUCGAUUACGAUGCUGGUGCAGUAUAGUCCAGACAAAUAUAACGAGUUAGAGGAAGGGUCUGCUUCUUCGAGUUCAUCAGAAGCUGGUGGUGCUGAAGGAGGUAGUCGUAGCGGAUCACCAACUCCAUGUAAUAGUCCUGAAGCUCCUAGGAAAACAACUAUUGAGCCGCUAGAAAGUACGGAACCUGAACGUGAUGCCUCUAGUAGUUUAAGUACAACACGCGAUACUUCUAAUACCUUGACUAUUAUGCGCGAAACUUCAAACACCUUGGAACCACCCCGUACAAUUCGGGAAAGAGAUAUCAGAAAUUCUGCAUCUUUGGAAGUACGAAGUACACAAGAAAGAGAACGAGAAAUUAGAGCAUCGGCAUCUUUGGAUAUUAAUAUAAGGAAACCGGAACUUCGUAGUUCAGCCACAUUGGAUAAUAUGCGUAACUCUGCAACUCUUGAUACACUACGUGGUACUGCUAAUACUCUUACACGCGCACAGCUUAAUCAAGCAGCAACCACAUUGCAACGGCAAAAUGCUACCGUAAGAAGCCCUACGCAAGAAGAACAAAAUCGUAAAAGCCCGCCGCCAAAUGAACCAAGGUAUCUUUUCAUCGAAACAAGGAAGUGUUCGAAUUUAGGUAUCUCACUUGUAGGUGGGAAUGGGGUUGGUAUAUUUGUACAUUCGGUACAACCCGGCUGCCUCGCCGAAGGGGCAGGGUUACGUACCGGUGAUCGUAUCCUAGAAUAUAACGGUGUUGAUCUCAGACAAGCAACCGCAGAACAAGCUGCUUUAGAAUUGGCCAGACCAGCGGAUAAAGUAACACUGAUUGCUCAAUAUGUACCUGAAAGGUAUAACGAAGUAAAAGAUAAACCAGGAGACAGUUUUUAUGUAAAAGCAAUGUUCGAUCGAGUAGGUGAAGUUGGAGAUAGCCUACAACUUAGGUUUAAUAAGGACGAUAUUUUAUAUGUGGAUAAUACAAUGUUCAAUGGUACUCCGGGUCAUUGGAGAGCUUGGAUAGUUGAUCAAUCUGGAAGAAGACAAACUUGUGGUAUAAUUCCCAGCAAAUUCAAGGUCGAAGAAGAAUUGCUUUUACGGCGUUCAUUAGGCGAUUUAGAAACAGAUACUACUAGAAGGGGUAGCACAAGUGCAAGAAGAAGCUUUUUCCGUCGAAAGAAACAUCAACGUUCUUCCAGUAGGGACAGUAAAGAAUUGUCACAUCUUACAGGGGUAAAUUUGGGUUGGUACAGUGAUAGUGGGACGCUAAAUGAAGAAACUCUUCCAGCAAGCUACCAACGGGUUGAAAGAUUGGAUUAUCCAGCUCUAAGACCGGUGUUGAUUAUUGGCCCGUUAAGCGAAUGUGUAGUGACAAAAUUAUUACAAGAAUUUCCAGGACAGUUCACUAGAUGUCUUGCAGAAGCUAUGCAUUGUUCUCAAGCAACGCUUGAACAAGGUUUACGCGAUUCACUUUACGUGGAUUACAGAAAAAAAGGAAGCUAUUUCGAGUGUACUACAGUACAAGCUGUCAAGGACAUCUGUGAGAAGAAUACUCAUUGCGUUUUGGAUGUAUCAAUUGCAUCAAUUGAGCGACUUCAUCGACACCAGAUCUAUCCGAUAGUUUUGUUGAUUAAAUUUAAAAGUACCAAACAAAUAAAGGAAGUAAAAGAUUCCAGAUAUCCAAGCGACAAAGUUAGCGCUAAAGCUGCCAAGGAGAUGUAUGAACAAGCAUUGAAAUUGGAAGCUGAGUAUAGGCAUCAUAUUUCUGUUGUAAUUCCAGCUGGUGUAAAUGUAGCGUAUAUAUGUACGCAAGUAAAAGCCGCAGUAGAUGAAGAACAAAGCAAAGCGCUGUGGGUUCCUAGAGGACCUCCCUGACAUUUAAGGGGGGGUCCCCACAAACCGCAGUGGAAAUCAAUCUAAAUUCCACCAGGGGGCCCUUACGUUGUACGAUUGUACAAAAUUGUUACAAGUUUGUUUAUUUAUGGUCUCUUAUUUGUCUCGACAGUG